GGGCUGGGCAGCUGUGGCGCCGACGCAGGCGGCUGCAGAGGCCACUGAGGUGCUGGCUAGGUGGCCGGCGGGUCGCUGUGGCCUUGAGCAGGCUUUGAGCGGCCCCGGACUCCCAGGGCAGCGGCCGGCCGCGGCAACCAGCCUGACAGUGAGCUCAGAGGGGCACACCCCCGAGGGGCGGCCACAGCGGACAGUUUAUAGUGGGGGUAGGGGCGAACGCGAGAGCAGCCCAGGACCAGAGAGGGAGACCUAGCCAGGCCGUCUCCAACCAUGUCCGACGAGGCGUCAGCCACCACUUCGUACGAGAAGUUUCUAACCCCUGAGGAACCGUUCCCGCUCUUAGGACCUCCUCGCGGGGUGGGCACCUGCCCAAGCGAGGAGCCGGGCUGCCUGGACAUCAGCGACUUCGGCUGCCAGCUGUCCUCCUGCCAUCGCACCGACCCGCUCCACCGCUUCCACACCAACAGGUGGAACCUAACUUCUUGUGGAACAAGUGUUGCCAGCUCAGAAUGCAGUGAGGAACUGUUUUCAUCAGUUUCUGUUGGAGAUCAAGAUGAUUGCUAUUCCCUGUUGGAUGAUCAAGACUUCACUUCUUUUGAUUUAUUCCCUGAGGGGAGUGUCUGCAGUGAUGUCUCUUCUUCUAUUAGCACUUACUGGGAUUGGUCAGAUAGCGAGUUUGAAUGGCAGUUACCAGGUAGUGACAUUGCCAGUGGGAGUGAUGUUUUUUCUGACGUCAUACCCAGUAUUCCAAGUUCACCUUGCCUGCUUCCUAAAAAGAAAAACAAGCACCGGAAUUUAGAUGAACUUCCUUGGAGUGCAAUGACAAAUGAUGAGCAGGUGGAAUAUAUUGAGUAUCUGAGUCGUAAAGUCAGUACUGAGAUGGGUCUUCGGGAGCAACUUGAUAUUAUUAAAAUCAUUGAUCCUUCUGCUCAAAUCUCCCCUACAGACAGUGAGUUUAUUAUUGAACUUAACUGUCUCACAGAUGAAAAACUAAAACAGGUCAGAAACUAUAUCAAGGAGCAUAGCCUUCGCCAAAGGCCUGCGAGAGAGGCCUGGAAGAGAAGCAACUUUAGUUGUGCAAGCACCAGUGGAGUGAGCGGUGCCAGUGCCAGCGCCAGCAGCAGCAGUGCCAGCAUGGUCAGUUCUGCAAGCAGCAGUGGGUCCAGUGUUGGAAACUCUGCUUCAAACUCCAGUGCCAACAUGAGUCGAGCACACAGUGACAGCAACCUGUCUGCAAGUGCAGCAGAGCGGAUUCGGGAUUCAAAAAAACGAUCCAAGCAGCGGAAGUUACAGCAGAAGGCCUUCCGCAAGAGGCAGCUGAAAGAGCAGAGGCAGGCCCGGAAGGAGAGGCUCAGCGGGCUCUUCCUUAAUGAAGAGGUGCUGUCCUUGAAAGUGACUGAGGAAGACCAUGAAGCAGAUGUUGAUGUUUUGAUGUAAUAAGGGUGAAUUUAUCAGUUUUCUUUCUGAGCAUUAAAGCAUUCUAUCCUUAUUGGUUUACAUACAUCUUGACCAAAAUUUUGGUUAGGGCUGUGCUGAUAUACCAUUAAUAAUUUAGGCCAAUGGUUCUCAGGGGGUGGUCCCUGGACCUGCAGCUUCAGCAUCACCUGAGAAGUUGUUAGGAGUGCAUACUACUGGGCCCUAACCCAGACCUAGUGAGUCAGAAACCAUGGGGGGAAGGGCCCACCAUUGUGUUUUAACAGGUUGUUCUUUUGCACACUCUAGUUUAAGAACCACUGGAUUAGGUAAAAUUUUGAUUAUUUUAACUUUAUGGUGGUUAAGUGGGCUUUUUCAAAGACUGGUACUUUUACAGUUUUGAAGAUUUCAAGGUACUGCUAACAAGUAGUUAUUAUGUUAGUAUAUGUAUAUGUGUAGAGGUCAUAAUUCAGUUCCCUUCUUAAUGUUAUGAUUUCUUAGUUUACCUUUUCUAAAGGGCCGUAGCAUAAUUCUCAAUUCCUGAUGGAAAUCUUAUUUUGAGGUGUGGGGGUGGGCAGGGUGUAGAUUGCUGUUUACAAUAGUGCCUUCAUUAGGUUUAGUUCUUUUUUCAUUCAUUAUUAAUUCAAAGGUGUAAGGACAGGCCUUCAUUUUUUUCCUUUUAGAUUUGUUUUUGUUUUUCACUUUAUGUAAAUUCAGAAUUCUUUCUGUAAGUGAUGGGUAUGGAGUAAAUAAUGUUGCUAGUAGCUGAAUUUUAGACAGGAUGCUAUGUUGAUUAAUAUUCAAAUGGAGAAAUCAAUUAAGCAAAACAACCAAUUAUUUUCCAUUGCUUUCUGAAAUUUUAGGCUGUAAAAUUGUCUCAAAGGCAGAAAAUCAAUCUCUCUCUCAAGUUCUUUCUUAGGCUAUUUUUUUUCCAGCACAGCUCUAAUUUUUUAAUAUUUGGUAUAAUAGCUUCUGGCAUGUGAACAGGUUAAUGUUCAAAAAUAAUUAAUGAACAUUAUAGUUCUGCUAAAUUUCUCUGUAAAAUGCUAGAAAUAUACAGAGCAGUGAGAUAUAGAAAACACCUUAGGUUGUUGAUUAUUAAUAGAACUCUAAUUUUAAAUAUGAAAUCAUGGAAUUUCUUUAAAUGUUUUCA